UUAUAAAGCUAAAAAAUUAAUUGUCAUCUCAUCAGCGGCAUUUGCAAAAAUUUCUUUGCCUUUUAUAAAAAUCUUUUUUCCCCAAUUUUCUUUAUAAAACAAUAAAAAUAUGUUGAGUUCUGGAAAUUUUCCCGAAUACCGUGUUCCCGGUGUACAACAUGAUGAUUUCUCUCCCUAUGAAUCUAAUGGCGGGAGCAUCGUGGCCAUCGCUGGAGAUGAUUUCGUAGUCAUUGCAGCCGAUAGCCGUCUUAGCAGUGGAUAUUCCAUCCACACACGUGACCAGAACAAACUUUUCAAACUAUCGCCACAAACAGUUUUGGGUUCAACCGGCUGUUGGUGUGACACUCUUGCAUUGACUGCUUUGGUCAAAGCUCGCAUGCAAAUGUAUGUGCACACUCAUCAGAGGACAAUGUCCACUGAUGCCGUUGCUCAAAUGUUGUCCAUUCUCAUGUACAACAAGCGUUUCUUUCCAUAUUACGUGUCAAAUGUUUUGGCUGGUUUAGAUAGCGAGGGCAAAGGUGUCGUUUACAGCUACGAUCCAAUUGGUCAUUGCGAGAGGGCUAAGUAUCGCGCUGGAGGUUCUUCGGGACCACUCUUGCAACCAGUAUUGGAUAACCAAAUUGGAUAUAAGAAUAUGCUGUUGGAUGAGAAGCCAGCUUUAACUAAGGAACGCGCUACUGCCGUUGCUAUUGAUACUUUUAUUUCAGCUGCUGAGCGUGAUAUCUACACUGGCGAUGCUGUUUAUAUUAAUAUCAUUACCAAGGAUGGAGUUGAGGCAAAGGAGAUUCCUUUGAGGAAGGAUUAAAGAGAAUACACAACUCGCGAUGGGAGGAUGUUUUUUUUUUAUCAAUUUGUAAUUGUGUACUGGUGGUUUCCGGUUAAUAAAAUUAGUUCAACUAA